GGUGAAGUGUCCAAAGCUAGCAGUCUUAAUUGCUUCCAUUUGCCAGACAGGCAACUUAAAAGGAAAUAUGCCACUUCUCAGCAAUUAUGCAGAAACUACAAAUCGAUUCAGGAAUGCAGUGUGCAUGGCGACAUCCAUUUGUUUGCAUCAGUACAACCAACAGCUAAGUGCCACUCACAACAGGAUGAGUCUUCUUCUUCUCAAUGGUGGAGCCAAGGCUCUGACGCUAGAACGUUGCUCAGAUCUUGGCAUUUGCAUGUCUCACCCCUCUGCCAUCAGGAUUCAAAAAAAGGCUUCAGCCCCUUCCAGCACAUUACAUCGCCGACCAUAAUGUCACAUAAUGGUCCAAAUCCUUCAUUGACAGAUUAGUCACAGAAAAUAUUGACUAGCUGUGCAAGCCAGGCAUUAAUCAUCAAGCCAUCAAAACAAGUCCCUACACUGGACCCAUAGUUUCGCAGUCAAGAAUCGUGUUAAGCCUGAUACAAGUGUUGUUGAUUGUCAGGCAAAGAUGCAAGUCAAAGACUUGCAGAUGAUCCAGAUACUUCCAAGCCACGAGGAGCAGGUUGCCAUGCAAUCAUGCAUGGUAACACUUGUCUUUCGAGUAAUGUGUUAAUACUUUGAAGUGUAUAGAGUGUUUUAAUCAGCAGUAAUACAUUACAUCCCACAUACGUAUUCAAAUGAAAUGAAGCAGAAGUCAAAACAGGUAAGUAACUCUUUUUACUUGAGUGACAAAGUGGUAGUCCAUUUUUACAGUUACGGGGUGCAAACGAGUUGAACUUGUUUUGAUACAACAGUUCCUUAUUUAUUAUGUUCCUAUGCUCACUUUUUUUUAGCAUGAAGAGGUUUGUAUCAACAAGGACAACCUCAGCCUCACAUUCACUCGGAGGCUAGGGUACUAAGCUCACAACUGUAAAAUGAUUCAAUUUGCCUUAUGCAUUAAAGAAAUGUAUCGCUUUUGCAAAGCUACUUUGUCUUGCUUAACCACAUUUCCCUGUGGUAGUCCAUUUUUACAGUUACGGGGUGCAAACGAGUUGACCUUGUUUUGAUACAACAGUUCCUUAUUUAUUAUGUUCCUAUGCUCACUUUUUUUUAGCAUGAAGAGGUUUGUAUCAACAAGGACAACCUCAGCCUCACAUUCAUUCAGAGGCUAGGGUACUAAGCUCACAACUGUAAAAUGGUUGAUUCAAUUCGCCUUAUGCAUUAAAGAAAUGUAUUGCUUUUGCAAAGCUACUUUGUCUUGCUUAACCACAUUUCCAUGCCUUUGUUAUUGUGUUCAUGCAUGUUUGCUAAUUUUUUUGUUAAUUAUGUCUUGAAGGCCAUCGGGUAUGUGUAAUCAAAGGAAUUUUUAAUUUUCAUUUAUCCUUUUCUAACACUCGUUAACUCAACCCGCGCCUCUCUGGAUUCUUAUUUUGUGGCAGGCAUCUGACGAUAAGUGAAAAUGAGAUUUUUUAUAGCCAGUUUCAUUCGCUCCCGGGUGUGCCAGAGAAGGGAUUAAACUUCCUUCCCAUAAAGCAUUGCAAUGCCAUUAAAUAUUAUUAUAUCAUCUGAGCAUACUUUUCAACUUAGACAACACAAAGGGAUAUUGACUGCUUAAGUAGUCCAUGUAACCCAAACAAGCACUUUUUAUGACAAAACAUUUGCACUACAGCCUUAUAAGGUCUGGAUUUAACAGUCUUAAUUUCUCGAAUUUUUAGUGCCUCCUAGGGUUGGAUUUUUUAAACACAAAUAAGUCUGGUGACAUGGCAGAGUUGUUAAAAAAGUUUCAAAAAGAAUAUGUUCCAAUGAAGGAAGAUCAUGUGUUGCACAAAGCAGGCAAAAGAGAGGACUCUUCUUGACCAGCCAAGACAGAGAAAGCCCACAAAGAAGGCUUUGCAACUUUAAAGGAAAGAGGACUCAGAGGAACAAGAAAUCACAAAACAGCCAGUCCAGAAUGCGAAACCAAAACCAAAGAAAAAAGGACAAGAGGCUGAGAAAGGGAAACAGAAUGCAGGUGAAAAAGGAAAUGCUGUUCCCAUAGAAAUCAAAGACAGAAAAGGCAAAACCAAAAAUACAUAUAUAUUUAAUUGCGUGUCUUUACAUGGUGGCAGCGAGUGGAGCUAUAGUGGUAAUUAAAAUAUUACACAUAGCCAAUCGCCUAACAAGUCAACAAGACUGAGCAUGGUAUCUGGAUUUUCGUUACCGCCGCCAGCACCCCUUGAAAUACACGACCCCAACGUUGCAGAGAACUGGAAAAAGUUCCUCUUGGUGUGGGAGAAUUACGCACUUGCAACAGAGUUAAAUAAGAAGAGUGAGCCUGUUCAGGUUGCCACACUUUUAACACUGAUUGGCGAAGAAGCAAGAGAGGUGUGUUCUACCUUCAACACCUGA